GGGCUGAACAGUGCAGCAUUCAACAAAGAUUAUAAGAUAAAGAUGAAAAUGCAAAAACCCACAGCAGGUUUCAAAAAAAAUACUUUUCAUUAUAAUGACAUUAAAAAAUAAAUACUAUCCUUGUUAAGCUUAUAGGAAGUUUUGUUGAGACUGUAUCAGAGUUAUCCCUGUUCAACCCCAGUAAUUUUGAGACCAUGCAGACUUUUUGUGUUACCUUGUUGUAUAGUCAAAGCUGUUCCUGGUAUUUUAUCUACUUCAUUUGCAUAGUUUAUUGCCUUGCUGCAAUAUCACCAGAAGGGUUGUUGCCUUGCUGUCGUGACAGCAUCAGAAUCAUCAUCUUACUGGUAGCUGUGUGAACUGAAAAGGAGGAGUAAUCUGACAGAGAGUAAGAGAAAAGGAAGAACCACAUAGAAAUCAACUUAGACUCUUUUUACAUCAGAAAAAUGAGCACUGGUAAUUCCUCUGCAGUUGAAACAGCUAGUAUGGAGGAGGUUAUAGACAAUGUGCGUUUAGCCUGCCUUAUCAUCUACUGUGUGAUAUUUAUCGUUGGCAUUCUGGGCAAUGGACUGGUCAUCUACGUGACAGGCUGCAGGAUGAAGACAACAGUCAACUCAGUUUGGUUCCUCAACCUGGCUCUGGCAGACUUCCUCUUUUUGAGCUUCCUGAUUUUCACAAUGAUUUCUUUACCCCAUGGCCAUCAGUGGUACUUUGGACGUUUCAUGUGCAAGUUCAACAGCUUAGUGGGCGUUGUCAACAUGUUUGCCAGUAUCUUUAUUCUGACAGCCAUAAGCCUGGAUCGUUGCCUGUCAAUCUGGGUGGUGGUGUGGGCACAAAACAAGCGCACUGUUCGUAAAGCUCAGCUCAUAUGUGUGAUCGUCUGGGUGGCUGCUGUGGUCUGCAGCAUCCCUUUUGCCACUUUUCGUGACAUUACUGAGGAUGAAGACCAGACUUACUGUAUAUAUUCUGGAUCCAAUGAACAAAAACUGACUCUCUUCAUUUUUCGCUUGGUUGUGGGCUUCCUCAUCCCAUUCCUGAUAAUAUCUGUGUCUUACGUGGCCAUAGGUGUUCGUGCAGGACGUCUGCAGAGGACCAAGAAAAGGAAACCUUGCAGAAUAAUUUCCUCUGUUAUUCUUGCAUUCUUCUUCUGCUGGUUGCCCUUCCAUGUUUUCCAGUUCUUAGAAUUAAAGUCCAGUCAAAACCAUGAUCUGGCGACUACUGUUCAAAUUGGAAGUCCUCUGGUUGUGAGUCUAGCUUUUAUGAACAGCUGUCUGAACCCCAUUCUCUAUGUUUUUAUGUGUGAUGAAUUCCAGAAGAAGCUGAAGCAGUCCAUAUGCUUUGUCCUAGAGAGUGCCCUGGCAGAGGACUAUCACUCAUUUAUGUCCUCUCGCUCCUUGACAUCACACUUUUCCCGCAUGUCUCGAAAGUCUGACUCUUCUGCAGGCUUGGAGAGGAAAAACACAUCCACUUCUUUAUUAGAAAGCAAAGUAGUCAACAUUGACAGAGAGACAAAUAUCACUGAUUAAUACCUGCAUGUCUUACAAGCAAUGUAAAUAUAAGGAAUCCAUAUAUUUUUUUAAAACCGAACUUGUAAUCUAGAUCUAGGAAAGUACAGUGCUUAAUUGAUUUGGGCAAAACAUCUAUGUAUAGAAAAAAAAGAGAAUAAUGGCUAUGUGUGAUGGCAAUGUUUUGUAUGUUAAAAUGUCCACUCAAAAACAGGUGUUUUCACAAAUGACUGAUAAGACAUCUCCCCUGAUACUUACAUUGCACCUGUACUGAAACGCAACUGAAAAUACUUGUGUGGGUGUGCUGUGGCUUCAGGAUGUACAUAUGAAUUUCUUUGUGUGCCAGUAAUUGUAAAACAUUCUGAGUGUAUUAUUUUGUCCCAUUUAACUGAAAUGUUCAAGAAUUUUGAAUGCCUUUUGGAAUUGUAUAUGAUUCAUUUGACAAGGAGACCAGUUUUAUAUUUGUUUUUUCGCCUUUGAUGCUCCAGCUUAUUUACCCAUGAUUAUUAGCAGGCUAAUUGUCCAUAGAAGCAUCCAUGUUACUGUCAUACAAAACUGGACUUUAAAUGGUUGAGCUUUAUGCAUUUCAAUACAGUGAAUAUAAACUUG